AUGGGUCGGAGGCGCAGCCGCCGCCAGCCCCGGAGCGCAGCGGCCGCACCGCCCCCGGGGACCGGAUCCGGAUUCCGUCGCUCCCCCCUCCCGAUCGCCCAACGCCGUUCCCGCCCGCCCGGGCCGGCGAGCAGCCGGAGAGAAGCGGCCUGGCCCCCGCCCCCGAGCCACCCACCCCGGCCAGAGGCUCUGCCACCGCCCAGCUACCCCGACGCUCACGGAGGAGCCCGGCGCAGAGGCGCGACCGCGGCGGGAACCGCCGCCUCCUCCCCCGAGCCUGCGGCCCAGCCCCGCCGGCGCCCCCGCCCCGGCCUCCGGGGAGCCGAGCCAAAGAGAGGGCGGGAGGACGGCAGCCGGGAGGCGGGGGCGCAGCGCUCACCGGCCCCGCCGCCCCCUCCGGCGGCCGGCGAGAACUGCGCCUGCCGGCUCCGAGAAGCGCGGGCUCCUCCGCCUGCGGCCCGGACUGAUCCGGGCCUCGCUUCCUGCCCUCCCCUCCCCCGGCUUCGGUGUCCUCCCCAGUGCCCUGGUCUGGUCGAGCCUAGUCCCCUGCUCCGAGGUCGCUCCGGGUCCUCGCCCGGCGUCCACCGCACCGGCGGCUCGCUCCCUUGCCUUCAGGCCCCGGCCCCGACCCUAGCACGCGUCCUCAGCCGCCUCGGUUACCCGGCGCAGCGCGGCCUCCGGGCUUCCCGCUCCGGCGGCUCCCUCCCCGGCUCUGAGCGGCGGCGCCCUCCCCCGCUCGGCCGGGCACAGCCGCAGCUCCCUCCCGCGGCGGCAGCGGCUCCUCCUCCCGGCGCGGCGGAGGCGCUGGGGCGGCGGCUGCUGCUGCUGUGGCGGCGGCGGCGGCUGUGGCUGCUGCCUGCUGCUCCUCGCGGCGAAAAGCACAAAGCACAGCGCCCUCCGCCUGCAGGCAGCCCGCCCGCCGCCCGCCCGCCGGCCCCGGCCUCAGCUCGCACACCCCCCGCCGCCGCCGCAGCCUCCGCCGCCGGAGCGGGGAGGAGGAGGGAGAAGGGAGGAGGAGGAGCGGGAGGGGGGGCGGGAGAAGCGGGGCAGCGAGCGCGUCCUUCCCCGUAG